GGGGUGGGAAGUCGUAACUAUACCUCAGCGUCCAGACGAACGGAAUCCACUGAAACUUAUACAGGACAUGAAAACGCCACACUGGGCUCUGGUGCACGCCCGGCUCAGUCUAUAGCAGCUUUAGCUUGGCUUUGGUCACCUUAGCAAGGCUGUGAGGUCCAGGUCUAGGGACUCUGGGCCGGAGAAAGCUGAGCAGAAAUCCAGGACAGCAGAAGAGAUCUCCUUCUCGUCAUAUCAGCUGAUGGUCUUCCAAAAUCUGUGUACACUAUCUAUGAAAAUCACGCACAAUCGCACACCCACCCAGGAAAAUGCAGAGCAGCAGUAAUCCUUUAACAUCAGUAUUUUACAUUCUUUGUUCCAGCUGAUACGACGUUUGUUGAACAUCACUGCUGAAUUUUCAUGCAAACACAACUUCUGAAUUCCCCCAGCAGAGGAUAUUUCAGAAAGUAAUAUGCAGUCCUGAAGCAUCUCCUAGAUCACCCUGACCUUUGUGUGGAGAGAGAGAGCUUGGUGUGCAUGAGAGCGCCCAGCUGGCGUGCUGAGUCUGGUGCGGCUUGUAGCUUUGCUGGUGGUGUGUUUGUGGUGGACAUCAGCCCAGGGCACCAAGGGCCGGUGGCAGGAGGUCGGAAGGGCCAACUUCCAGCCCCUCAUCACUGUCCUGCUCGAAAGUCACAGAAGAAAACCUGGAUCAAACAGCCACCACGGGCUCCAUGCUGUACAUGCACAGCUAAUGAUUGGUAGUCUACCGAUUUAAUGGAGGCAGCAUGUGGCACACCAGGGACUCAGGUGUGGAAAGGUGUGCGCUCAGUGCUUUUAAGAAUGAGAGGGCGUGCAUGAGCGUUCACGCGUGCCAGAAAUUGUAGGGUGAUAGAUAGGGGCAGAAGGCAGGAGCGACUUGGAUAAGGGAAGGACAUCGAUUGAUAGCAGGUCCCCGCUGUCCAGAUGGAGGCGUGACCACAGUGUAUGCCAGGACGCAGGCAGCUGUUGCCAAUUUAGGAGUGCUACGCGACAUCCACACGCAUUCCCUUUCUGCACCCUGGCUGCAGGUCAACGCCAUCCAUGACUCCCCCCAGGAGGGGGUAGGAGAGAUGAGGUCCUCUCUGCCUCCGCAUGGGCAUGCCACCCCCCCAAAAACAAAGCAGAUCAUUCACCAACAUUACAAAAAAGAAAUUAAAAGAUACAACACACUGACAACUUUAAAUAAAAUAUUGCGAUUAGUAUUUAGUUAUAUUUAGCAGCCAGAACUACUCAGGGAAUAUGUACAUUAAUUACCGCCCUAGAUGAAUAUGUUGGACAAUUUGCUGAAAUGGACGGUAAGGUAUUCAGGAGGUAACGUCAUCCAAGGAACGUUAUCUCUGAGAUGCAAACCCAGCACCUAGAGAUUUGUAUUUUGACGAACAGUGAAAUGUGUGAAUUGCUGGGAUGAAGGUUGGUGCUGUACUGUUUGUGUUCUUGUCAGUAAAACAGCCUUGGGUGUCCUUCAGUUUCUUUAAUCUUUUUUUCACCUCGGAUAUGCAGUAUUGAAAUUCCCUUUCCUUAAUGGGCCUCUAUGUGGUGCUGAAGCAGCGGGCCUAGUGCCGGUCACCCUGUGUUUGGUUCACAUGACUUCCUAUGUAAUAACGCCUUUACACUUUCUUCUGCCUUGUACAGUCUGUUGCUGGGUUGACCUGGCGUUCUUUCAUUACAGUGUGCUGCAGAUCUGUACUGGGGCUUCUAUCGCAACCAUAAAGUCCCUCCUCUCUCUGUUCCCAGCCGAGACUCAAGCAGCGAACCCAAAUUGUGUUUUAGAGCCUUUCACUCUUACUUUUGUUCUCUAACCUUUUCACCACCGUUUUGUCUCUUUCUCAGAACAGCGCUGCAUUACUGAAGGGGAAAAAAUGGUGUUCUUGGUCUUGAUUCAAAGUAUAUAACUUUAUUUGCCUUUAUUCCUCUCCAAACUGCCCCUGACACAUCAGUCCCAAUAAACAACCAUUUUUGUCCUCAGGCGCUCCACAUAAACACAUCUCGACUACAUGGACCUUUACGAUUAGAAGACCACACCCACCACUGUUUUCCAGACACUCCCAUUUUCCCUAUAAUCUGAAGCACUCACUUCUGAAGCUUCAGAAGCCCCUCCCACGCGCUCAGCUGUGAUUGGUUGUUUUUCUCUGACCUGUCUCUCUCUCUGGCCACAGUGAUCUAGACAGAGACUUUUGGAAUAACAAUGACAGCAGCACAGUGCAGCAGAAAUGGAGCUCCUAUCCACCCAAGGAGUUCGUACUAAACAUUUCUCCCUAUGCCCCUUAUGGAGAUCCUCGCCUCACGCUCAAGGGACCCCUCCCUGUCAUCGGCCUCCACCCUGGAGCACAUCCCGUCGUCAGCGGCGGCACGGCCACGCACGCUGGUGCGCCAGCAGAGCCUCCAGCAGCCGCUCACGCACCCACCCCCGCCGAGCCUCAAUGACCUGCCCCCCACCUCGCAAAGCCUGGGCCAGCUACACACAGGUCAGCCUGGCGGAGGCCUGCGGGGAGGACCCCGGGGCGUGCGGGGCAGCCCGGCCGGCGGGGGCUCCUCACGAUAUAGGGGGACUGGAGGGGGGCGCUCACGAUCCAACCCGGGCAGCUGGGACCACAUGAUGGGACAGAUCCGGAACAGGGGCCUGGAUGUCAAGUCUUUCCUCGAAGGGAAGAUGGUGGUUCUGUCUCUGGCGAUCGGGCUGGCUGAGCAGGAUGACUUUGCCAACAUCCCCGACCUGCAGGAGGCACCGGCCAGUCACGAAACCCCCCCUGACAAGAGGGCUGGUGGCAACAGGCCCAGCAACAGCCCUAAGGGCCAGCCCCCCGAUGAGACUGACCGCCGUACUGAUGGCCACUCUUCUGUGUCUGACUUGGCCAACUCUUUGACCAGCGAGAUGCUUAUGCUGUCCCCUGGCUCAGAGGAAGAUGACCACGAGGGCCCAAUCAGUGAGAAACUGGGUCGUAUUCAGUUCAGCGUGGGCUAUAGCUUCCAGGACUCUACUCUCACCGUCAAGAUCCUCAAGGGACAGGAUCUGCCCGCUAAGGACUUUUCUGGCACUUCUGACCCCUUUGUGAAGAUCUAUCUUCUUCCCGACAAGAAACACAAAUUAGAGACCAAGGUGAAGAGGAAGAACCUAAACCCACACUGGAAUGAAACGUUCCUGUUUGAAGGGUUCCCAUAUGAAAAGGUGGUCCAGCGGACCCUCUACUUGCAGGUGCUGGACUAUGACCGCUUCAGCCGCAAUGACCCGAUUGGAGAGGUGUCUGUCCCUCUCAACAAGGUGGACCUGGGUCACAUGCCGACGUUCUGGAAGGACCUGAAACCUUGCAGUGAUGGCAGCGGAAGCCGUGGGGACCUUCUCCUGUCCCUGUGCUACAACCCUACAGCUAACACCAUCACUGUGAGCAUUAUCAAGGCCCGUAAUCUGAAAGCCAUGGACAUCGGGGGCACCUCAGAUCCCUAUGUGAAGGUGUGGCUCAUGCACAAGGAUAAGCGUGUGGAGAAGAAGAAGACAGUGGUGAUGAAGCGAUGCCUGAACCCCGUGUUCAACGAGUCCUUCCCCUUUGAUGUGCCUGCCCAUGUCCUGAGAGAAACCACCAUUAUCAUCACUGUCAUGGACAAAGACAGACUCAGUCGCAAUGAUGUUAUUGGCAAGAUAUACCUGUCCUGGAAGAGUGGUCCUGCAGAGGUCAAGCAUUGGAAGGAUAUGAUGGGACACCCACGUACUGCAGUGGCCCAGUGGCAUGCCCUCAAGGCCUGAAUGCCCCCCUCUUCCCUGACCCAUCACCCCAUUGCCCCUUACGUGCCCUUGUCCCUUUUUCUCUAACCCUGUCCUUAUGCACAAGACUGACUCGCAGCCAGGCUGCGAAACACGGGUACAAUUAGCCAUCCUUCAGACUCUGCUCUCCUCUCUUUCUGUCCCAUCCUCUUGUUCAUCUCUCCCUUCUCAUCUCCCUGUCUUUUGGAUCAUCUCCAGGUCUCCUUCAGCCAGUGGUUCCACUGUUUCCGGUUGUCCGAUUGUCAGGCUGUACUUUUGCUGUUGUGGAAGUGUGUUUUUUUUUCAGUGGCCCCAUCUUGUUUUGUACAUUGUACUCUGUAAAAUAUUCUUGCCAUUUACUUGGCAGCCCCUUACAAUAAUACCAUUUGUACAGUAAGAUGCUCCAAUACUACAUCAUAUUUAAGUAAACAGCUGCCCCACAAGGCGUUGGACUGGUGGUAAGACAGUGAGGCACCCUGCUUUUGGGCCUUCAGUUCAGGCCCCGGAGUUACUAUUCCUGCCUGCUGCCAUGUCUUGCCACCAUUUGCUGGUGAAGGAUGCCCUUCCCGAGUCUGAUUUAGGCCCCUUUUUAUGGAGUCAUCGCCCCUGCUCUCCCUGUUUCCCCGCCACCCCGCCGUGUGUUUGUUCAGGAGGCUUCCCACACUCCCAUGUCUGCUCACUCUCCUUAGAUCUGUGUCUUUCUCUGUUUAACUAAACAAACAGAAAGUAACAGAAAAGUAUCAUGAAGAUGGCACAGCCCGAAAAAAAAAAAAAAAAAAAAAAAAAAAAAAAACAAAUGCCACUAACGACCUGGAGACAAAAGGAUGGGAUACGGACUCGUGACUGAGAAAGACCUGAUGGGCCUCUUUCCCUUUCAAUCUCUUUCUUUCUGUCUCCAGUCGCUGGUACAGUAAUGGUGACUCUUCCCCUUCUCUGGAUCCCUCGUCGUCUUCGUGUGCCGUAGGUGCUGUGUGUAUCUCCAACAAAGUAGAAUUAAAAAAAAGAAAAACACAAAAGAUGAAACAAACUGAACUGGAAUGAAACAAAAAUGACAGCAGUAUACAGGGCAGGCUGUUCCAGGCUGUUCCAUGACAGAAGGAAGGAAAACAAAAUCAACAACGGUCAACGCAUGUUGUUUUUUUCCUCAAUACAAAACAAAUGAUAAAAAAUAACUUAUCAAAGCGUUCUUCCAGACUCCAGUGAUAACUAGAUGCAAAAAUCCCAUUUUUUAGCCACACUGUGUGUGUAUGUAUGAGGGCGUCAGUGGUUCGAGUUGCCCUGUGUUUAUGUGAUCUCCGUACCUACAGCUGGGGGGCGCACUGCUGCAGGGACCCUUUAGCUGUAGAGGACUCCUCUCAACCUUCCCCCGAUCUGCGCUGAUGAGUGCCCGUGUGUGUGUUGGUGUGUGCGUAUGUGAGCCUGCCUCAGUGUGUAAAAAAAAUAAAGCGUGUAAAGUGUGCUCAUGAGGUCCUAUGGCCUCGUUCCUUCUUCUGCCCCUUUUUAUCUAACUCCUCCCCUUGCAUCCUUCAUCUCUUCUCAUGCUUCUUCCUCUUUCUUGUAUUUACUCAACAAAAUCCCCUCACAUUUAGAGGUGAGGGACUGUGGUUGAGUUUGAGCUGCACUUUUUGAAAAAUAAUAAUAGUAAUAAUAAUAAGACUGAUGCUGAAAUGCAAUCGUUACACAUUUUCAAGGGAGGGCAUUACAGCGGGCCAGCAUCCCUGUGGAGGUGGAGUCUGUUGGGGCGGAGGACCUGUCUCUGUUGGCUUUGGCUCCUGCCUGGUUAUAGAGAUGCAGAAAGCAGCUAGUGACUCGCUCUUUAUAGAGUCAUGCCAGGGCAGCAGGGCCAGCGGGCCACAUGCUUGCCAGAGUGACUAAGGCUUGAUGGCAUGUGUGUGACUUAACUGUGUUGGCAGGAUCACUAAGUCUAUUACACCCAGAGCAUUGUGGCCAUGUUGCCGGGGGAACUGUAAGCUCUCUGCUCUGUCACUGCUGUAGAGGUGUCAAAAAUGGGGAACUUUAUUAUCGUCCAGUUUAGUGAGGGCUUUACACUGGUGCUGGUGCUUUACAAAGGGCAUCCUGUAUUUUUGGUGCAGUUGUGCUGCUUCAGCGGACGGCCUGCUCAUUUAAUGGGAUGGUGCAGCUGUGCUCUUCCCAGGGGAAAGCCAUGUGCAUCGUGGGCAGGUUUGGGAGGCACCUGUCACUGACAAGAUCAAUAUCUUAUUUUCUGUGGGCCAAUAGACCUUCCACUGGCAACACUCAACACUUAAAACGGUGUAAAUAAUGGCUAUUGUGUAAAUAACAACUGCACUAGUUAUCGUGCAUGAAGAAAAAGAAUCUCAAAAGGCAAUCAAAGCCUUUGCUGUUUAUAUGUGUUGAUAUAAUAGUAAAGUUAUAUGCUAUACCAAAUACAACAUGACCUAAAUUCCUACAAAUAUAGAAAAUGAUUAUUAGUAAACAGCUGGAAAGGGGAUCCCAUGGAUUCUAAAUGACUCAAGAGGGAAGAGUGGCACAAGGAAGGAUCGCUGCUCUUGCUAGAGCAAAUGCCUACAGGCAUAAGUGGGUGGAGGAGCUACUGAGCAUGUUCACAGAUCAGUAAGAACAUGGAAUGCUAUUGAGCACGUGCAGAGAACAGUGACACGGAGGCUAUUACUGAGCAUGUGCGCGCACCAGUGAGACAGGUAGGCAUCACAUCCGCCUGCCAGAUGGUACUGAAAACUAUGCUUCAGACUUUAAAUACUGGCUGCUGCAUAAAUCACUCUGAAUAACAGCUUUGUGCCAAUAUGACGAGCUGUGCUGGCCUCAAUUUUUAUCUAGUGAGCAUUUAUAGCUUGAACUAGGUCCUUGUCGUAGGAAGGGACAGGACACUGGUGCAGUGCUUGUACCAGGCUUGCAGUGGUAUGUUGCAUGGCUGUCGUCGUUGCCUGAGUCCUUGCUUUUUGAGUUUCUUUUGGUUUUUCUUAAUUGUCUUAUAGCCUAUGUUAGUGGUGUUGUCUGUGAGGCUCGUAGGGGUUGUGCAGCUGUGUGUCAAACGUUUGGUUAAUCCUCCUCGGCCACCAAGGCCUACACUGUAUCCCUGCGACUUCUCUACUGGACACAUUAAAUAGUGACCCAACAAGCUGCAGUGAACAGAUUAAAUUUGCGGCUGAGCCAGUUCUGUCCUAUGCGAGCACCUCUUUCUUCACCUGCUAACCUGCAGCAGUGGAUGUGCCCCCCCCCCCCCAUGCAGCACACUAUUUGGGUCGAGUCAGUGAGCGGUUUGAUGGCACAUGAUGGCCACGCUCAUCAGACGCUCGGUGGAGCCUUUCGUUGCCCGUCAGAGCAGAGGGAUCCUGCUUCUGUGGCAGAUCUGUAACAAAUUGUGCCGUUUGGACUGAUGUGUCGCUUCUGAUCCCCGUGACAUUUAUGGGGAGGCGACACACCGACUCAAGCCCAGGAAUGAGUUGGAAGGAAAACUUGCAGAUAUGGAUAGAUAUGAGUGUCUAUUUGCUUUUAAGAUAUUUUCCAUGCUGUAUGCAAGGGGGGCAGGGUACGACCCAGCUAGUAAAACAGCACAGAAAUACCAUGGUAUAUUAAUGUUGUGUACUGCAGAAUUCAGCGUAGGUAUUUCCGGGUGAUUGCAUCAUGCUGGCUGCGUAAUGACAAGACCCCCAAGUAGCUGGUGCCUCUAUUGCUCUUUGUGUGAAUAGACAUACUGCCUUUAAACUGACAUACACAGAAAUCAUUGAUUUGAUUCAGGUUUGCAUGAAUCAAGUUGAGAGGUUAUUUGUGUGUGUGUUUUGUGCACACGUGCAUGACUGGCAAAAGUAACCUCUAAAAUAGAUCAUGACAGAACGACAGGUGAGGAGGAGAGAGAGAAAGGAAGUCAGGAAAUGAGAAGCACUGUUGUAGGGGUUGAAACGGCAGCCAGUUAUAACCGAUCUGUUCAUUUCCAGCCAAAAACUUUGUGUUAAUCCUGAUUCCAUUUCAGCAGUAAAUCUGCCAGCCUGCACCCAAGUCUGUCAUUCACUCCAGGCAGAUACACCUCUUUAGUUCCACCUGUCAUACUUGGUGCGCUCCUGCUGGAUGAUCAUUAAUGCACUGUUUGGUCUUUAACCUUCUGCAAGGCUCAGUCUUGCUGCUGAUCUUCUCCUGUCCUCAGUCAACAGCUUGUGUGGACAAGUGCAUAGGAAAGGGUUUGGUACUGGAGGAGACACUACAUAAUAAUUUAAAUGUAAAAGUCUAAAUAUUUUGGAGGUACGAAUGAAGCUAAAUUGAAUAUUGGGGGCACACAUGCCCCCUUUCCCCCUGGUUCCUAUACCCCUGCUUUUGGACAUGUGAGAUAGGACAGGAUCUGUCUGUUAAGCAGGGUUCGCUUUCAGUGGCAAGCCAACGUGUCUGUCAGGCAUGUAGUCUCUGGCCCCGCCCACUCAGUCAGACUCCGCCUCUGCCAGAUCAGCCCAGUCAUUGUUUUACGCAUGUGAUGCAUCUAGAUGUGACUUCUUCCCUCAUUGGGUUGAAUUAAGCAUUGCUUGAAAUAACAAGGAUUUAAAUAUGAAUGACAGUAACAAGAGUAAUAACAAUAAUGUUGUGUUUACAUAUGACUGAUUGUGUGCGUGCGUGCGUGUGUGUAUGUGUGUGUGUGUGUGCAGUUGGUGUUCUUCCUCCUGGUCAUUCUGCUUCUGCACAGAGGAGACCAGACCUUUUUCUGUACAGAUUGUUGAGGGGAAUCGAUGACUAUUUGUUGUAUACAAAUUUUUGGUUUUGUCACUAUAAAUGAUGAAGAAAAUAAUAAUGAUCCUUAUGGUGAUAGUGCUGAUGAUUAUAAAAGCCCUUCUUGAAUAAGGGCGUUUGAUGUUUUUGUGUUUUUUAGGGAUGGCGUGGGGUUGGGAGCUGGGGGGAGAGACCUAGUGCUACACCUUCGAUUCUACAACUAUUCCUAAAUAUUUAUUGAUAAAGUGACCAAUAUUUCAUGAGAAGUACAUCCAAGGCACCCAAACCAUGCCUUGAUCCAUAAUAUUAGAUUAGGGUGGUCAGGCACUAUGGAGGCCGAAGGGCUCUGUGUUUGAGGCUGAGGGAUUUCUCAGGUGAUGCUGCUUACUUUUUCCAGUCUCCAUCAGGGGGCGCCCCUCGAGGCACCAUUGUGGGCCCGUGGCAGCUCUCACCUGUUCGGCACAGUGGAUGUCUCACCAUGACCACAGGCUGGGUCCAGUAGCCCCAUGCCUCCCUCCUGGUAUUUUUAUUCUGCAAGGUCUCAGGCCUCCUGCCUAGCUUGGCCUCUCCUGGGAAUGAGGCCUGCAUGGUCAUACACGUUCACAUGGGAAGAGUGUGAGUGAGACAGUGGCUGCCGGGACACACUCUUAGCAGAAGCAGUCAGUAUGUCCAGUGCUGCGAGAGUAGGUCUCCCACUUCUCUCACACAUUACACUACUGUCACUAAUCAUUAAGCCAGCCGCACUGGGCAGAAUAAUAACAUCCCGGUGUUUGUUUGCUUGAAGGGGGCUUUGUUUUAUGUUUCUUUAUCCCUCUGUUGGACACCUGAAUAGACAGCAUAGUUUGUCCUUCCACGAUUAAUAGCUCUGUUUAUUAUCCACUACAAUACUUGUUUCCCUAGUGAUAUGGAAAUUGUCUAAUUCUGUGUGGAAAACCAAGCCGUGGUGUCAGAACAGAAAGUCCAGACACCAGUCUGCUCAAAGUGACUCUUUCUAAAAUUAUUCUACUUUUAAAGGUGGGCUGGCUGCUCUGUACGGCUAUUCUUACAGCCUCUCCUUCUAGUCACCCAUAUGCUGCCUCCCAGGAUUUGGCGAAGGUCUGAUCGGUGGGCGGGGCUUGUAAAUGUUAGGGGGGGGGGGGGGCUGGGAAGGUGGCAGAUUUCGAUGCAGGCUAUAGUCUGGCUGAUCCUACCACCCACCACAGCAGGGAAAGGGGUGGGAUGCUAUUUAAGCGCAAAUUCAUUCAGCUUUAAAUGGAAACAUACAACUCACUUUAGGAUUUGGCACUAGUGCUGUUUGUUUCAGCAAGUGGCAUCCAGUACAAACACGAGCAGAAAAAUCAGUCCCUUUCCAAGGGCAAGGUUAAGGAAUGUCAUUAGGGAAAAUGGGAGCUCACCUCAGAUGUGCUGCUACAUUCAGGGAUUCUUAUACGCAAAUCUUUUAUAUUUGGCAAACAAUCAGUUGACCAGUUUCAAAGAAAUAUUAAUAAACAGCAAAUAGAAGAAGCAUCAAUGAGAAAUUGCCUGAAAGAUAUCCAAAGUAUAUGUGUGUGUUUAUUCUGCGGAAGCUGGCUUAGUUCUCUCUCCCUUUCUCCAAACCACUGCUGCACCUACCCAACAGACUGCUUUGGCUUUCAACACACGGUUGUGAUGUGUAAGAUCUAAUUUGAUGUAUUUUUAUUUAUUUUAUGCCAACUUUGUACAGUGUAUAAAUAUAUAUAAAUAUAAAUAUAUAUAUAUAUAUAUAUAUAUAUAAAGAAAGAAACUUUAAAAAGGACAGUACUGUAUAGAUUUUAGAUGCCUGGUAAAGGUGAAUAGUAUUUACUUGGUAGAGCAAAAGCAGAAGAGUAUAACUGUUAAAAGGCAGGUUUUGGGAACGUGCUUCUGUAUCCUCCAAGACCCAACGGCAAAGGUCCUUUUUAUAGUAGACAUUCUUUUCCUUUGGCUUUUUGAGUCACCUGGUAGCAUCCAAGGUGCAUUGUUUGUUUCCUUUUUUGUUUUGUUUCACCAAGAGACGCGGCCAGCUCUGGCAGCCAGGAGAGUGCGAUGGAUCCGAGGGCGGGGCCGUGCAGAGGGUGCAUUCCGUCUGUCUUUCUGUUCGUCUGUCACUCGGCUUGUACUUUUGCCAGUCCUGUAGCUCCUUGCCCAUUGUGUCAGUGUGCUAGGUAGCAUGUUUGCACGAGUGGGCGGUACUACUGGCCUUAGCUGACACGCCCUCUCUCCCGUCUUCUCUCCCUCCCUCCUUUUCUCACCGUUAAUUACUUCUUCAGAAAAGUAUAUAAUGUAAAAAAGCAAUACUUGCAUAAAACUUUUCAUGCAUAUACAUAUUGACUUUCUUAUAUAUAGCUUUUUUUAUUCCCCUUUGCAUAUGGUUCUCUUUAGGCAAUUUGCAUCUUGCCUCAUUGGAGGAGCAGGUGCCACAUCUGUGCAAACCAGUGACCAAUAAAGGUGUGACUAUGUGUGGCCUAUUAAAUGGGGCCAAUGAGGGGCUCCAUCCAUUCAUCAGCACAGGCUAGAAGCUCGACCUGUUGCAGCCUACAAAUAAAAAUUUGUCUCCCUCAGUUCAAGGACACACAAAAUCCUCCGCAGAAAUGUUUUUCAUUUUGUCUGUCAGUUAUGUACUGUAAUAUAAACAUAUUUUAAGUCUCUUCCUAAAGACUUGUGGUAUAAAUGUCAUUGUACCAUCUCCAAAACAUAAAUCUACUUUUACCUUCUGAAUAUUGAGUGAUGGCUUUGACUACAUUAACUCAAACUCAUGAAUGGUGAGUUGCAUUCCUAAAGAUAAGACAUUGCCCACGGGCCUGCUUAAACAAUGUCCUAAUAUCUUUUCUAUCCUAAUGAAGAUCCUUCAGGGCCAAACGUAUAUCACCACGGAUAACUGUGCCAGCUACGCUUCAUACCAUUAGUAGCCCUGCACAUAUAUUUACACGUGUGUGCACCUUACUCGCCCAUUUUUUUUUUGUGGAGAAGGGCGCGUGUCGUAUUAUAGAUGGGUCCCACGGGGGUUGAUACAGAGAGCAGCCAUUCUCUGAAAUGGACUGGCCACAGUCCCAAUUUCUUGAGACACAUAGCAGUUUCCAGCUGGUGAGCAAAAUCCAGGGCUCCUGCCACCUUGCACACACGGGAUAACCAGUCUGUCUGUCCAUAUGGCUGUAUAUGUUCAAUAGACUGUGUUUGUCUUUGUUUAGUAGAUUGCGUAUUUGUUUCUGACAGUGUUCCACUCUGCUAUCUCACCGAGCUUAUUUGAUUUGUGGACUGGGUGGGGGGCAGCCAUACGGGCAAAGCAUCUCCCGCACCCCUUUAGAACUUCCAGUGUCAUCUUUAAUGUGUUGUACGUGUUUAUAUGUGAUUGUUGAUGUUUGUGUGGCUUCAGUAGAGUAAUGGGUUCUUGCUGGGUGGGCAAUACAAAACUCCCCUUCCCCAUAUGACUAUUCUUUGUGUCCAAAAAAAAAACAAUAUCUUGAGACAUUCCAUUCAAAUUAUGUAAUGUAAAAAGCGUUGAGAUGUUCUAUAUAAUGUCACUGGCCUGCAGUCAUUAGGGAACCAAGCUGGCUGAUGUUGCUUCUAGCCUUACAGAAUUCUCUCCCAGUUUCAUUUCAAUGCCCGUGACCUUCCUUUGCCCCUUGUCUGCACUGGUAGCAUGUUUCUCUGCCUCUCGCUGGGCUUUCUGGUGUUUUCUGUCCCUUGGCUGGUCUUCCCCGGCCAGCUGCUAAUCCUGACUUUUGGGCCCUUCCUCCAACCGACCUGUGCCUCAAGCAGGAAGAGCUGGUGGCGGCUGUAAGGCUGAAGGACAUCUAGACUCUAGGACAUCAUUUCCCAAUUUGGUCCUUGGGGUCCCACCGACAAGUCCAUGUUUUUGCUUCCUCACAGCUCCCUAGUGGGGAGCUGGGAGGGAGCAAAAAUGUGAUCAGUCUGGCAGGGAGAAAAAAUGAUGACCGGCUGGGGGUCCCUGAGAACCAGGAUGGGAAACACUGCUCUAGGAGAACCAGAUGGGUGUGUCCCUGUGUAUUUCAUGCAUAUGUAUAUGUGUGAUGCAUGGGGGAGGGGUGUUGUCAUCAAGCCCAACCCAGCAGUGUUUUGAUGGUACAUUCUGGGUUUUUCGCCUCUCCUGUUUUUUUAUUUUAGCCGAGCAGACUGUGAUCUUAUUGGUUGAUUUUCCCCCCAGUCCUUUCUUUUGGUGGGACUGGGUAUGAUGGGCGGCUUGAGCAGGGGUCGCUUUGGAGCUGAGCUCUGAUUUUGUUCUACAUUAAAGAAUCAUUUUUACAA